ACACCCAAGCUCCUGUCUGAUCGCAGCGGCUUCUCUUCGUUGCUUGGACCAGAAGAAAGCCGGGACGUAACGGAACCGGGGAGCUUUGCUUGCUGGAGACUCGUUAGCCACCGAUAAACACAGCUUUUCCUCAUUUUAGAGACGAUUGUGGUUUAACUGUACUUUAUCCCACCCUAGCACUAAUAUCACUAACAUGUCCUGGCAAAGCUACGUGGACAACCUGAUGGCUGAUGGCAGCUGCCAGGACGCAGCCAUUGUUGGGUACGCAGACGCUAAAUACGUCUGGGCAUCGUUUGCCGGCGGUAUCUUUACCAACAUGACGCCUGGUGAAAUCGACGUAUUAAUAGGAAAGGAGCGGGAGACAUUCUUCACCAAUGGGCUGACCUUAGGCAGUAAAAAGUGCUCAGUAAUCAGAGACAGCCUCCUAGUUGACGGUGACUGGACAAUGGACAUGCGGACAAAGAGUCAAGCAGGGGAGCCAACAUACAAUAUUUCUUUAGGCAAAGCAGUCAAAGCAUUGGUUUUUGUCAUGGGGAAGGAAGGUAUCCAUGGAGGGCAGCUCAACAAGAAAGCUUAUGUGAUGGCUGAGUACCUGAGGAAGUCCGGAUACUAAAGCAACCUGUACCCAGCUAGCAGCUCACCCUUACCACCUUGUUGCAUUUCACACCACUUCCAGUCCUAGCAUAGUUUAUAUUAUUUUUUCUUUUCCUACCCUACCUUUCUCCUCAUUUAUCCUUUUGUUGACAUGUUCCCCUGAACCUUCACCCCACCUGCUUUAUGUAAUCUUCUAUCUCCUUUAAAGAACUCUUUAAGUUGAUCCAUUGCAAAAAUGAGCAUGUUGCUAAACAGGGUGUCGUGACAAAUCUGUACUCAAGACCAGCAAAACGUAUAUUCUGGCAGAAAACACAAAUCCAUGGAAGCUAUAGCGCCAAUUUUUGUAGUAGAAAUCCCUUGCUGCUUUUUUUUUUUUUUUUUUUUAAUGGUACCUUUUCCCAAACCCCCC